GGACUUGACGUAGUGACGUCGCUGUACGUAUGACAUCUGUUCGUUCGUCCAAAGCGGCUCAAUAAGCUCGGUGCGUUACCCGAACAACAAAAGUAACUUGGUCAAGAUGAUUAAGUUAUUUUUGUUUCUCCUUUUCUAUCACGGUUCAUCAUCAGUCAAACACUCCCUGAAGUUUUUCGUCACUGCGUCUUCCGGACUCCCAAACUUCCCUGAGGUUUUCGGCGCUGCACUGGUCGAUGACAUUCUGGUCGGUUACUGCGACACCAACACACAGAGAGUGGAACCAAAACAGGAGUGGAUGAAAGAUUAUUUCGAAAAAAACCCUCAGCACCGGGAGUGGUACAAUGGAGAGUGUUUAGAGGCAGAGCCUAACUUCUUGAAAGCCAAUAUUUAUAGUUUUAAGCAGCGCUUCAACCAAAGUGGAGUCUUAGAUGUCCACAUUCUCCAGAGGCUAAGUGGCUGUGAAUGGGAUGAAAAGACUGGAGAAGUUAUUGGUUUUAAUCAGUUUGGUUAUGAUGGAGAAGACUUCAUAUCAUUGGACCUGAAGACAGGGACAUGGAUCGCUCCGAAACCACAGGCUGUCCUCACCAAACUGAGAUGGGAUGCUGACAAAGGGAGAAUAAAGCGCAAUGAGAACUUCUUCAUUCAGAUUCUCCCUGAGUGGCUGAAGACCUAUGUGGACUAUGGGAAGAGCUCUCUGCUGAAAACAGACCUUCCCUCAGUGUCUCUCCUCCAGAAGACUCCCUCCUCUCCACUCAGCUGCCACGCUACAGGUUUCUACCCUGACAGAGCCGUGAUGUUCUGGAGGAAAGAUGGAGAGGAGCUUCAUGAGGACGUGGAGCACGGAGAGAUCCUCCCCAACCAUGAUGGAACCUUCCAGAUGAGUGUUGACCUGAACAUUUUAUCAGUCACACCUGAAGACUGGGGGAGGUAUGAAUGUGUGUUUCAUCUCUCUGGUGUGAAGGAGGACAUCGUCACCAAACUGGACAAAGCAGUGAUCAGGACCAAUCCAGUUCCUCCAUCAGAGUCUCCUGCUGGUUCUGUCAUUGGAGUUGUUGUUGUUGUACUGCUGAUCCUGGCAAUCUGCAUCUCUGGACUCUUCAUCUGGAGAAAGAACAAAAAUGGGUUCAGACCUACAAACACUUCAGACUCUUCACCUUCAUCAGACCAAGAUGCAGCUUCUGACUGAUCACAGUGAUUUCUGCAUCUCCAUUAUUCUGUGAAGAUAUUCGGUAAAUGAAGGGAACACAUCUUUAGUGUACUAUUUAACCAUGAAUAUGAAAUACCUGUGCUGUUACCUGUUGAUGUACAUUAAUACUGAUGCACUUUGUUUCAGAGAGUUUUAGGGUUUUUGUUCUUUGUUUUGACCUGAUGGUUUGUUUGUUUUUUAACUGAGGUUUAAGUCGUCUUUCUGUCUGUGGAUGAAUAAAACUUGAACAAAACAGAAAUAGU